GCCACAGGCUCCACAGAGCAGGGCAUUCCCCACCCAUGGCCAUGGACUCUCCUGCCCCGCCUUCCCAAAUUGCUACAUUCUGGGGCAGCAAUGGCCGUGCCUUAAAUAAAAGCCCUGAGGAGCCAGCCCACGUCUGUCCGGAAGCUAAGGCAAGGUGGGGGUGGCAUGGAGGCUGAGAAGGCUGCGGCGGUGGCAGCGAAAGCAGCCCUGCGGACCCCCAAGUGCUCCCGCUGCCGGAAUCACGGCUUCGUGGUGCCGGUGAAGGGCCACGCCGGCCACUGCCGCUGGAAGCUCUGCCAGUGUGACAAGUGCUCACUCAUCUCAGAGCGCCAGAAGAUCAUGGCAGCGCAGAAGGCCCUGAGGGAGCUGCUGCCCGACCCCCCAUCUGACACAGUCGCAGAGCCCACUCCUGUGGGUGAGGGCCCUGAGGGAGCUGCUGGAGUGGCCAGUGGCCAGGAGCAGAGUGGCCAUGGGGGGAUAAGGGGCGCCCAGCCCACCAGCAGCAAAGGCAAAGGCAUGGCAUGCAGGGGACCACCACUACCACCUCCUGGCAGUCCUCCCUUCUGGGACUACGCUCACCCUGCUUUUCCUACAGAAUACAUGGUCAACCCAGAAUACCUGGAUAAAGACCAUCCUAAAUUGUACCCUGGAUGUUCUGCGAUAUAUCCUUACCGCCCCUUUCCCAUGGGAUUUGCCAUCAAUGAGUCACCUCCAGGGAUGUCACUUCAGAGAGGUUUCCGACACAUUCCUAGCAGCGCUGGGCCAGGGAAUGCAGCUUCUGUGUCAAUUCCAAAUGAAAGUGGAGAUUUUCAGCAAGGCUACUAUGCUCCUCUGCCUCAGUUCAUCCCGCCAGGGCUUCUGCCAGGGAUUCAUUACAUUCCACCCCCUCUUUCACUGAAUGUCGUGGCUGAAACAACCAAGGAAGCACAUGUUCCUGAAGCUGACAUUCAGGAUUCAGGGGUGGUUAGUGAACAUGGCCAACCAUCCUCUUCCCCAGAAGAGAUGAGCGAAGCCCAGCGUGUAUGUUCUGAACAGUGA